UGAGAGCGUCCGAGUAGCUCAGAGUAGCGGGCGUCCGCCGGAAGCUCAAGCCGACCAGUCGUUCGCGGCGUGUGACGGCCAUGGGAGAGGACGCCCGAGCCAUGACGCUUGCGAGCAGUGAGAUCUAUCUCGACGAGGAUGAAUGGGUCCGGAGGGCGAUGAAGUCUCCAUGUGCCACUAAUAUGGACGAAACCUUGGGUCAUGUUGAAGAUGCAGACCUGGGCGUGAAGGAGUCUCUGAAGAUGAGCAUUUUUGAGAAGGUCUAUGCUCACAUGGGCAACGAGAUCCCUCCGGAGCAGCUGAAAAAUGCGAUUGUCGUGAAGACUGCCAAGUUUCAUCCUGUGACAGUGAUCCUGAUGAACGUUGUGACCCUGGGGCUCUUCAACUUCUUUCGACCGAAGGACAAUGAAACCCUUUUGGUGCUGACCGAGAAUGGGCGAGUGUACCUGUUGAAGGUGGAGCGGCCCAAUGCUAUGGGGAUUGACUUGCAGGCCGCCUUCUUGACCUUCAUGCGACUUUUGCUGAUCUUUCUCCUCAUCCUGACCGGUCCUGCCUUUGUAGUGAUGAUGUUCGGCUCCAAUGCUGUCGGAGGAUUGGCCUUCGACCCCCACGCCAACAACAUCCUGCAACAGGAGCUGGAUUUGGACAUGAAGGUCUACCACAAAGCCUUAAGAAGCACUGCCCUCCUGGCCACUGCUUUGACUGUGCUCGUGGUGGGAGUUGGCUGUUGGCUCUAUACGCACUGGCCGGCUGACUACGCUACUCGGUCACGCCAGAGCUUCAAAGCAGAGACCGUGUCGUCCAUCCAGUACACCCUCAGUGGAAGUAAAACAGUCCGAUCGUUGAAGAUGCGCUUGUACUUUGGUAAAUAUCCUGGACAGGCUGCGCUGGAUUCGGUGGGUCUAGCGAUUGGAUGCUCAGCAGGCCCGGUGCCACCGGCCGAGCUCUGUGGCACUGGCGCUGCAUCCACGGGCAGUGGUGGCAGUCAAUCGAAGACGCAAAAGACCCAAGAGAACCAGUCAACUAACUUUUCUCCUGGGUUUGUUUGGGCGCUGACGAUCGUUCUCUUCAUCGUGACCAGCUUGGAUGCUGCCUUCACUUGGUGGGACCGAGUGGUGGCCAUCUCACAUGUGGCGACGGUGCGAGAGUUCUGUGCGGAAUCACCGGUGGAUCCAGAGGAAGGGCAAAAGUAUUGCUCAGUGACAGAAUGUACCAAAUGGGCCGAAGCAAUAAACUACGACCACAGCUUCUGCACCGGUGUCCAGUGGUACGAGGUGAAGGGCACGAAGGAGAGCGAAGUGGCGGAUGGCGAAAUCAUGGGCGUCUGCAUGCAGUACGGUCACACCGAAGGCAGCUGCUGUGGAGGAUGUCUCACCUCAGUGAAGGAGAUCUUUGGUGAUGGCUGGUACGAUGUCUUCACGACCAUCGUCGAGAUCAUCGGCGACAUCGGAACCCUGCUCUUCUCCUUCAUCGCUGCCAAGUAUGCCAUGAACGUCUCGAUGUCUUCGGAGCACGUGGAGAUCCAAUGUCAACGAGCGCCCACCUGCUGCGGCUUGUUGAGCGUGGAUCCGCUGAACGACUUCAGCACGGUGGAGCCGUUGGCGUUGGACUUUUUGGCGAAGAUGUUCGUGGAGGCUUGGGAAGGCCAGGAGGACCAGCAGAUGGUGGCGGAUCCCAAUCCCGAUCUUGAAGGUGAGGAAAAGGACCGUGGUGUGAAGGCCUUCAAGGAGGAUGCCGGCGACCCGAGCUGGGAGGAAUUCUUGAAGGAAAAGGCCAUUAUCGAAAUGAACUUGAGUACCAUGCUUAUGACCGUGCAUGUGCCGACGAAAGCAUUGGGACUCCACAAAAACGAGCAGGUGGUCGCGGCGUGGUCGGAGAUGGAGCGCAUGAGGUUCAGCGACUUGGGUCCUUCUGUGCUCUAUGGCCUCAUUGUUGCAGUGGUGGUCUUCAUCGUCGCUCCGACACAGAAGGUGGUCGUCGGCAAGCACGUCUUCGUGGGAGCCACCAAGGUACUGGAGGCCUUCGUGGCUGGACUCCUCUUCACCAUCCUGCACAUCGCCUUCCGUUUCUUCGUGGAGUUUCGAAGCUUCAUGCACGCGGUGGUCGUCACCGACAUGCGGCUCUUCUACGUGCGUCAGAAGUUUCGACUGCCCGGGACAUCGAUCUUAGGCUCGGACCUUCGAGUGGAUGCCUUCCGGCAUGACCGGGCCUUGAUUUAUGGCAAGUGCACGACCACCAAACUGCCAUUUUACAUGAGAGUCAUGGGUUACCGCUACAUGCCUGGCAUGGUCUACAUGCAAAGCAAGCUUGGAGUGCUGAAGUUGGUGCGCGAGAACGGCAACGCCUUUGACGUCUUCCACGUCGCCUCGCAGCUGGCGCGCACCAGUAAGGGUGACAAGAUCACCCUGGAGCGCCUCCGAAAGGCGGGCUGUAGCGAAGCGCUGUUGAAGGAAUGUGAGAUGGCCGUGGAGAAAGGCCUUUACGUCAAGAAAGACAAACAGGGAAACCCGGUGAAGGGCGUUUGGGACAUCCACUUGCAACCGACAGAUGUUGUCUCCCGAUCUCCGGACAUCUACUUGUGCGAUGAGAAGGAAACGAUGCUGUACCACUGGUCUGGGAGUGAGGCAGGUGUGCUAGCGUCUCCCUACAACUCCACGACGGACGUCAUUGUGACCACCGAUCGGGUCUUUCUGUGGCAACGACCCUUGUACAAGACCUUCGACUGCAAGACCUGCCUUUGCUGGGGUGCAUGCUGGUGCGGCUGCUUGACCAAGUGCACAGAUUCCACCAGUUUACCCAACACCAUGUCGUUCCUCAAUUACACGGCGAUGCUGAGCUUCUCCUCUGAGUCACAGGUGGACCCUCCCUUGUGGAGCAAUCCUGUCCAUCCACCGGUCCAGUGCCCUUGCGUGGAUGAAUGUUGUGCAUUCACUACGAGGUGUGUGGUAUGUGAUGAGCGCUGUGGAGCUGUUGAUUGGGACAAAUGUGGAUGUAUGCCAAAGCGACCAAACCCCCGAAGCCAGCUCUAUUUGUUGUGGCGAUGUCGUUACAAUGCCCAACAACCAGACCUCACCACUGUCUUGCGCCCCUACAUGGAUCUCAGCUCCAACCGUCUCAAGGAGGAGGAGGAAGAAGGGCUCUUGGGGAAGUUGAUGGACCUCAUGGAAUCUGGUGGCCUCUUCGAGCGUGACACCCCGGAACAGGAGAGCAUGCUCGACGGUAGUGAAAAGGCGCCCGCCACAAAGCUCAAGGAAGUGGAGAUCCUGCGGAAGCUCAUGGGGGCGGCCCACUCGGACUUCAACGAUGCCGGACACGGUUCUUGAGGUUGACAUCCUAUCAGUGAACGGCGAAGAGGUCUCGAAUGGAUGUCCGGUUCUCUUUCAUUUGGAGUCGUUUCAUGUGCCCCAGUGGCCCUUGGAACGUACGUUCAAUGUUGCUCACCACUUCCAUCGUGAGUGAUGGAGUCCUCUCUGGAUGUUUUUCUUGGCCCAAAGUGGCUGACCGCGUGGGGAAGUGGUCAUCCUCCUCUCUGCACCGGGACCCGAGCCC